ACCUUUAAUAUCUCAUCUUUAUUCGUAUCUUGUUCUUUGAAAUUGCACAUUGGAUCGAAGUGAGCAGUGAGUUAACUGUUUUCGCGAUAUGAAUACUCGACUUGAAGACAGUAGAAUGAACACUUCCGUAAAUCCGAAUGAAGCAAAAUUAAGUAUCACUACGCACGUCUUGAAUACUAGUACAGGUCUGCCUGCUGAUGGUUUGGCAGUGUGUCUCUUUAAGUUCGAAAAUGACAAGUGGAUUCUUCUAGAAGAGAGUACGACAGGAUCAAACGGACGUUGCGCGGAUUUACUACAGGAUCAGCGAGAAAAUUCCACGCCCGGUAGAUUCAAGAUCGAAUUUCGGGUGAAUGAUUAUUUCAGACGAAAUGCGACUAUUUCGAUGUAUCCGCUGAUUGAUGUGGUAUUCGAUGUGCAAAAUCACCAUGAACAUUAUCACAUUCCUUUGCUGUUGAGUCCUUUCGGAUUUACCACGUAUCGCGGCUCAUAAUCGAUAUUUUUUAAUUAAUUUUUUAAUUUUUUAAUUAUACGAUGAUGCAUAUAUUCCAAAAUAUCUCUUCUUGAGAGAUUUAUUACAAAAAUAGAUUUUACUUACGUGCUAUAGCGCAAGAUUUAUAAAGUCUUGUUGCAUAAAUAUUGUAAAAAAUAACAAACAAACAAAAUCAGAGCGAUUAUUCUGUCAAGUUGGAUAUUAAUAAUAUUUAUCACUGAUAUCGAGAGGAGUCAUUUGACAAUUUUUUUCUACUUUUCCCCUUUUAUUAUGAGAAAAAUUUCUUAAGGUGUUAAUAGAAUUAUCUGUAAUGUUUUUGCUUUUGAUCGAGGCUUUCUCGAAAAAGUCUAUUCUACAAAAAGUUCUACAAAAACAGUUUCACAUAAUAUAAUAAAAACCACACGACUAGA